GCCUGUGGUGGCAGCCGUGCAGGACGCGCCCGCAUCACCCUCCUCUCCUAGCCUGUCCUCCACACCACGUCUCCUGCCUCACCACCACCACGCUCAUACAAACAUCCCAGCAGCAAGAGCGGGCCGUGAGGGUGUGUCGUGUGGUUGACUGACUACCUGUAUUGUUCUCACGUGUGUUGGUGAACUUGACACUCGGAGGUAAAUACUUUCACUGCCAGAUGGUAAUAAAACUGACGACAGCUAACUGGUGCUGAACACUUCACGAGUCAAGGAGGUUAAAUCCUUUGUGAGUCAGGUGAUGCGAGUCCUCGUACUCACUGCUGAGUAAAAGUUCACCACGAAAUAAAACUUUCAAGAAGUCGUGUUAUUUUUUUUUACACUCAAAAAGUGUUUUUAUCUCAGUUGUGUAACACAACGUACCUCAAGUACCGAUGUUUACCUGUACGAGCUAAAAUGGUUACACAGAAUUGAAAGACAAAGUCGGUUAUAAACAAGAAUCUCCCGGAGCUGGAGGAGCAGAGAGCGGUGGUGAUAAGACUGAAGGAGUGUGUGAGGAUGAGUGGGGACAAUAACAGCAGGAGGAGGGCUUGGUCAGGUGAGGCUGUCCUGGCAACACUGACGCUGCUGCUCAUACCCGUGGCCUCGGUCACAGCUGAUCCCAGGGUGGACGCCCUCGCCUCCGUACUGAGGGAUAUCACAGGUCAGUUGGAGAGAUUUAACAACCUGUACAUCGACAAGCUGGAGCGAGAACUGUCCACCACCUCAGCCAAGUUAGCUUCCCUGGAGGCGACCGUCAGGAGCAUCGCCGACCGCGCCGCCGCCUGGGACAACAUCCAAAACCAUAUGACUGUGUGGACCGACCAGUCAAGGACCAUGGAGCGUAAACUGGAUAUACUUAACAGGUGUCACGAGAAGCAGGACUCGUGGGAGAUCCGCCUCAACGCCGUCGACGCCCUCAACCACAAGCUGACGGCCCUCGAUAAGAAGAUCAACGCCAUGACGCGCCUCGAAUUUAAGGUGGAGCAGGUGUCGGAGCGUGUCGAGGAGGUGGACUCAACGGUGAACUGGGUAAAGAAGCAGAUGGACACCCCGGAACACCCCAUCAUCACGGAGUUCGCUGGUCGUGGCCUCCUCAGCUCCCUGGUCACCAUCGAGAACAAGCUGGAGAACAUCACCCAGUCUCUAGCUGACGGUGGUGGCAGUGGUGGUGGUAGUAGUAGUGGUAGUGGUGGUCGUGUGUCUACCAGCGGCGAUUACAAUACUUAUAAGAGGCCCAGGCAGGUGCAUGGCUCCAGGUACAGGCAGGUGAGGCCCACGGUGGAGCCUGAACCUGGUAUUACCUUUACUACAGGGUAUGAUGAGUCCGGGACGUGCUACCUUCACCCCCGGGACUCCCGCAGACUGCAGGACGUCAGUGCUAAAGUGGACCUGGUGUUCGACCGUCUCACUGACCCGGACUACGACUACGACUACUUCGUCAGUCACCUCCACCAGCGGCCGUCAUCCCUCACAGUCCCUAGCGGCGACGGCCACAACGGCGGCGUCAACAGAGACAACAGCGAAGAGGAACCCUCGCCCGAGCACCUCUUCGCCAGGUUCUGGAAGAGCCUCUUCUCGCCCUUCAAGAAAAUGAAGAGACGAUUCCGAGUGUUCGAAAACCAGCUGACUGCCGUACAGAGGUCGUGUAAUGAGUCAGGGAGCUUGGAGGCGUACGUGGCGGAGGUGGGCGGUGUGGUGCAGAAGAAGCUGGUGCCGUUGGACCAGGCGCUCAGGGAGGAGAUGGAGGUGACCCGCGUGGCAGUCAACGACCAGUCAGCCAAUAUUGAGAAGGUGUCACAGGCAGUGGGCAACACGGCGUACGUGAGCGAGCAGCUGCUGACGGAGAUGACCAACCAGUUCCAGGCUCUACGGACCAACAUCCAGGACAGGUUUGACGAGACCAGGAACCUCAUCCUCCAGUACUGUGCUGGUGGCCACAACCCCCGAGAGCCAGACUACACCCCGAGGGAGGAUCCUUACACCCCAAGGCAGGAUCCCAACACCCCGAGGGAGGAUCCCUACACCCCGAGGGAGGAACCCUACACCCCGAGGGAGGAGCCCUACACCCCGAGGGAAACGCCAUCACGACCAACCUACCCCACCACAGCAACGACCAGAGCUCCACAGUACGCCCCGCCAACACCACCGCUCCCCACCUCCCCCAGAGUAGAGAAUGUCAGACACAGAGACAACCAGGUUGAGCCUCCACAAGUAGAGCCAGAGAUACACACUUUACAAGGAGGAAGGGGCCACAGAUUUCGUACUCGCUACAGAUAUCGAUUUCAUGAUCCACCUCAGAACAAAAUGGUAAAAGCCAACCGCCACUCUGUAAAACAAGCCAUAAGCAGAAAGUCAUCCCAGCCCAGGAGAGGCAGGAAAAAAGGCUCCCGUAAGACAUCCAGACGUAGAGGCCGACCAAGGAUGGGUUCCGAGCGGCGACAACCUGAAGGGUUGCAUGUAGGCCGGGCCACACGAAAUGUUGCCAACCAAACAUCGACUGCCUCCGACCUCAGCAAGGGCGUGACGGACUGUUCUGACCUCUUGUCGCAGGGCGUCACCCACAGCACUCUCUUCAACUUCAGCCCCGGGUCACUGUACCACCUCCAGCAGGGACAUGACUUCUACACCAGGUAUUGUGAUCUAGAGACAGGGGGUGGCGGGUGGACAGUGAUCCAGAGACGAGGAAUGUACGGCCCGCCUUACUUAAACUUCACGAGGGACUGGCAAGAGUACAAAGAAGGUUUUGGUGAUAUUUCAAGAGAGUUCUGGUGGGGCAACGAUAAUAUAUACAGGCUGUUGAGGGACCAGGACGUGAUGAUCCGCUUCGACUUGUGGGACUUCGAGGACAACUACGCCUAUGCCGAGUACCUCAGCUUCAGGAUUGGAGCAGAGAUGGACAACUACCGCCUGAAUGUGUUCGGUUACCGCGGCAACGCCUCUGACAGCUUCUCGGCCCACAACGGCUACCUCUUCUCCACAUACGACCGUGACAACGACGAGGCCCCUGAGUGUUGUCCCUGCGCCCCGGCCUAUGGCGGUGGCUGGUGGUUCUACAGUUGCUUUGAGAGUAACCUGAACGGGGACUACCACACCGACCCGAAGGACAACGACUACUACCGCGGCAUCAUCUGGGAAUUGUGGCUGGGUGACUACUCCCUCAGAGCUACUGAGAUGAAGAUACGACCCGUCUCAUUCUCUAGUGACGACACCCAGGGCUCCCCUUAUCCCACCCCCAACCCUGACCCCACCCAGGUUGUCCCCAAUGUUCCGGAUGUCCCCGAGUUACCACUUCGUCAUCAGUAGCUGCCCUUCACCCCACCCACGACGACCUUGAGUUAUCCGUUCGUGUCACAAACAUCUCGGCACAUAGUUACGUUCUGUCAAUCAGCUCACAGGUAACAAUCUCCAGCCUCCUGUCCCCUUACUCACCUCCCCCUCUCCAAAACUCACUCUUCUGUCAUUACUUAAAUUUUUUUUGAGUGUUUUUAUUUCUCUCUGUUAUCUCUGCUCCUCUCCCACAUUUAUCAGAGGGUAUAAAAACCUCAGAGACAAGGGAAGAAGUUGGAGAGGAGAAGGUGCAAGAGUUAAGGGUAACAUGUAUUACAGUAACCUAAUCAAUUCUAUUUUUUCAUACUACCUUCUUUUACUCCUUAGUCCAUGGUCUAGUCUUAUAUAUAUAUACGGUCACUAUUGUGUGUUAAGAAUGUCACCAACAUGACCCUGUAUGUACUGAGCUGCUCACUUCACUUUACUUGUCCCUCCUACCCCCUCUUCCUAUGCUCCCUCCUGGUCCUCCUUCCUUGAACUUCCUCCUGCACUCUCUCCCUUCUACCUUGAACUUCCUCCUACCUUCUCUCACCCCUCCUAGUCCUACCUGUUCUCUCUACCUUGAACUUCCUCUUACUCUCUACCUUCCUCACCCACUUUAACCUUCCUAACACCUUAAAUCACAAGUAGUUAUAUAUUCCAUGCCAGAAGUCUUAAGGUUCCCCAGAGUUGUUCUUAUCUAGUAGUCUUAGACAUUUGGGGUCAGGAUUCUUAAAUAUUCCAGAUUUUUUUUCUUUUACCUCCAAGUGAGAACCGAGAUAAUGGUAGAUAAAGUGUACAAUCUUGAUAAUAUUUCUAGCCUUCAUCUUUAUGUUAUAUGUGAGUCAGGUUCCAUACUACUGUGUCCUCUCCCAUCAACAGUUAGGUACUAAUGAAUAAGUUAGCAGACGACUUGUUAAGACACAGAGUCUUUUGGGUGUAACAUAUAUAACUCUUUCUGUAUACCCAAAUUGUCUUGGAAUAAGUGAAUGAAUUACAGUAGUUUGAGGCGAGUCAGAAAGGAGCCAAUCACACCCCUUUUACAGUCAGUCACCUGGCGGAGAACUGUUGAACUAUUCCAAAGACCUACCACGUAAUAUUUUCCAACAAAUCUGAUUCUAAGGGACUGUAAGGGUUCAAUUGACUAUGUUACUGUUUUGGGGUAUUUUUUGUGUGUGUAAAGUAAAACCACUAUUUAACGUACUAUAUGGAGAGGAAAGUCUAUUAGAUGUGAAUUAUAUAAGAGAUGAAAGUCCUUUAUAUCGAAACUCCGUUAGAUGAGAAAUCCGUUAUGUGGAAGUUUCACUGUAUGUAAGAAACGUUAAUAAUGAGUUAAUAUAUCCUUAAAUAUAUCACUAGUGUCAGGUUAGUUAUGGAUCCAGAAGGUAACUCACCUCCCUGGUAGACAAGAGUUCAGCUGCUGGAUAAGAGGGAAGAUCUUACAACAUGUGGUAAUCAUUAUACUGUAUAUUGUUUACAGAUUACCACAGUCUCACAACUGACACGACACAAAUGAUUCUUUAGAUCUAUUAACACACACACCGCAAACAUUAUCGUGCCAACUCUGAACCACCACAACCCCUUAAUUAACACUAUGGGAGCCUCUGUUACACUAAUAUAGACUAAUUUUUGGUAUUCUUCGUUAUUUAAGAUAUAAAAAAACUAAUACUAUAUACUAAACAUUUUUCAAUAGAUAAGUCACACACACUCUCUGCUUCCAGCCAUCUCAUCUGUAAUCACUGUAACAUAUUGUACUUAAUAAAACCUCUAAUAAUGUUUUUGUUUCCUAAUACUGUAAAGGUUUAAAAAAAAUCCUUAAAAAAAAUGGUAUCCUGUAAUUGAUUAUUAACCACAGUAUGUUCAGUAAUGUAUCGGCAGUGUUCAGUUCAGUAUUUAGUGUUGAGGGGAACGAGUGUGAGGGAUGGUGACCCCUUCCCCCUUUUCUCCCCCUGGCUCUUAACUCUAUCACUUUAACUUGCCUGGGGGGUGUGGAGAGGGAGGCAGGGGGGUGGGGGUCAGAUCUCCCAUACUUAUGACCAUCUACUCACACACGCACACAUAUCUUUUUAUCCUAAUCUGUAAUAAAUCAAAGUUUCGUUUUAUUUUUGUCAAUUUUAUAUACAUUUUCAGAUGUCCAGUAAAUUAUAUACUGUAUCUGUUUUGUUUCCACCAGUCAAUUAAUGUUUGUGUAUUUAUUGUCAACACCCACGUCACAGUCAAUGUUACUUUGUCUGCAAAAUAAAUUAUAGAACUUUUU